AUGGUUCAAUCCUCCAUCCUUGGUUUCCCUCGCAUGGGUGCCAAUCGAGACCUCAAGAAAGCCACCGAAGCAUACUGGGGCGGCAAAAUCUCUCAAGAUGACCUGUUGGCCGAGGGCAAGAGACUCAGAUUGGAGCAUUGGAAAAUUCAGAAAGAUGCCGGAAUCGACAUCAUUCCUAGCAACGACUUUGCUUUCUAUGAUCAGGUUUUGGACCACAUCCAGUUGUUUGGUGUCAUCCCCGAACGCUACUCCAAGUACAACCUCGCUCCCAUUGAUGAGUACUUCGCCAUGGGUCGUGGUCUGCAAAGACCCGCCACCGACAGUGCUCCAGCUGUUGAUGUGCCGGCCUUGGAAAUGGUCAAAUGGUUCGACUCAAAUUACCACUAUGUCAAGCCUACCCUCCAAGACAACCAGGUCUUCAAACUUUCCUCCAAACCCAAGCCGGUUACGGAAUUCCUUGAAGCCAAGGAGGCUGGUAUCACCACCAGACCCGUCCUUCUCGGACCUGUCUCCUUCUUGUACCUCGGAAAGGCAGACCGUGGUCAAUCUAUCAACCCCAUCUCUGCUCUCGACAAGCUCCUGCCCCUCUAUGUGGAUCUGCUCAAGCAAUUGAAGGACGCCGGUGCGGAGACUGUCCAGAUCGACGAACCUAUUUUGGUCUUCGAUCUGCCUACCGCUGUGAAGGAAGCUUUCAAGCCUGCGUACGAGAAGCUUGGAGGUCUCGGCAGCAAAAUUGUCCUUGCUACCUACUUUGGUGACAUUGUCCACAACAUCGAUGUUCUUGAGUCGUUGAAGAGCCUCUACGCUAUUCACGUUGACCUCGUUCGCAACCCUGAGCAACUGGAAACCGUCAUUGCCGCGUUGGGUCCUCAACAGAUCCUGUCGGCUGGUGUGGUCAAUGGUCGUAACAUUUGGAAGACCAACUUCAAGAAUGCCAUUGAGAUCGUCGAGGCCGCCAUUCAGAAACUUGGCAAGGACCGAGUCAUCGUUGCCAGCUCCAGCUCCCUCUUGCACACCCCUCACACUCUCGCCAGCGAGAAGAAGCUGGAUCCUGAGAUUGCCGAUUGGUUCAGCUUUGCCUGCGAGAAGGCCAAGGAGAUUGCCGUCAUUGCAAAGGCUGUGACUGAUGGCCCCGCUUCAGUCAGAGAAGCUCUCGAGGCCAACGCCAAGUCGAUGCAGUCCCGUGCUUCUUCGAGCAUCACCAACGACCCCGCCGUCAAGGACCGACAAAGCAAGGUCACCGAGCAGAUGCACAAUCGUCAGUCUCCCUUCCCUGUCCGUAUCUCCCAACAACAGCAGCGCCUCAACUUGCCUCUAUUCCCCACCACCACUAUCGGAUCUUUCCCCCAAACCAAGGAAAUCCGUAUUCAACGUAACAAGUUCACCAAAAAUGAGAUCACUGCCGAACAAUAUGAGAAAUUCAUUGAGCAGGAGAUCGAGACCUGUGUCAAGAUCCAGGAUGAGCUCGAUCUUGAUGUCUACGUGCAUGGCGAGCCAGAACGAAAUGACAUGGUUCAAUAUUUUGGUGAGAGACUGAAGGGUUACGCCUUCACCACCAACGGCUGGGUCCAAUCAUAUGGUUCUCGCUGUGUCCGUCCACCCAUUGUCGUCGGAGACAUCUCUCGACCUGCUCCUAUGACUGUCAAGGAGUCGAAGUACGCAGCUUCGAUCUCCAAGAAGCCCAUGAAGGGCAUGCUCACAGGUCCGAUUACUUGCUUGCGAUGGUCAUUCCCACGUGAUGAUGUCCACCAGUCCGUUCAGGCUCAACAACUAGCUCUGGCCCUCCGUGACGAAGUUGUUGACCUUGAGAAAGCCGGCGUCUACGUCAUCCAAGUCGACGAGCCUGCUCUGCGUGAAGGUCUACCCCUGCGCACUGGCAAGGAGCGUACGGACUACCUGAAAUGGGCCGUGGAUUCUUUCCGCCUCUCAACUGCGGGUGUCGAAGACGGCACACAAAUCCACAGCCAUUUCUGCUACUCGGAGUUCCAGGACUUCUUCUAUGCCAUUGCAGCCCUCGAUGCCGAUGUGCUCUCCAUCGAGAACAGCAAGUCUGAUGCCAAGCUGCUCAAGGUCUUUGUUGACGAAGCUUAUCCUCGUCAUAUUGGCCCGGGUGUCUAUGACAUCCACUCUCCUCGCGUCCCCUCCCAGAAGGAAAUCGAGGACCGUAUUGCUGAAAUGUUGCAAUACUUGAAGCCUGAACAGCUGUGGAUCGACCCCGACUGUGGCCUCAAGACCCGUCAAUGGACUGAAACCAAAGCCGCCCUGAUCAACAUGGUCAACGCGGCCAAGACUUUCCGUGCCAAGUACGCGAAGUAA